AUGUCCAAAUUCAACCCAUACGAGCAUAUUAACAUGCAACUCAAUCCUGAUGGCACCAUUACUCGCCUCAUCAGCUUUCCCACUGCCAAAACAAACGCUGAUCCUUCCUCCGGCGAACCCAUUCUCUCCAAAGACGUCAUUAUCAACACUGAAAAGAACAUCAAGUGUCGCCUCUACCUCCCCCUCAAAUGCACUUCCAAUGUCAAACGCCUCCCCAUUUUGUUUUACUUCCACGGCUGUUCUUGGGUCCAAUUCUCAGCUGACAACCCUGCCCUUCACCUCGAACGUCAAUGGACUGCAGGCACACUUCCUGCACUCAUCAUCCUUGUCCUUUAUAGGCUUGCCCCUGAGAGCCGGCUCCCUUCCCAAUAUGAAGAUGGGGAGGACGCAAUUCGAUGGUUGAAAGAACAGGUUUCAGAUCCCAAUGGCGAUAAAUGGAUAAAAGAAUAUGGAGACUCGUCCAGGUGUUUCCUUUCUGGAUCUGGUAAUGGAGGGAACAUUGUGUUUAACCUGGGUUUACGUACAGUUGAUAUGGAUUUAGAUCCAUUAUGCAUUGUUGGGUUAGUAAUGAAUCAGCCGUUGUUUGGUGGGAAACAGAGGUCGGGCUCAGAAAUAAAGUUUGCAACAGAUCAAAUAAUACCAUUGCCAGUGCUGGACCUGGUAUGGGAACUAGCAUUGCCAAAAGGGACGGAUCGAGAUCAUCGAUACUGUAAUCCAAUGCUUGAAGGGCCACACCAAGACAAGAUAAAAUAUUUACCUCCAUGUUUAGUGCUAGGUUUUGGAAUGGAUCCGUUGGUAGAUAGGCAACAGGAGUUUGUGGAGAUGCUGUUGAACCACGGGGUGAAGGUGCACGCUCAUUUCGAUGAGGUUGGGUUCCAUAGGGUGGAGAUUUUGGAUGCUCGAAGGAGAGUUCAGCUCAUAAAUAGUAUAAAACAAUUUAUGAAUUCGCAACUUACGAAUGGUAAUGCUAGUUAUCGGCGUCAAGUUCCAAACAGUUGA